AUAAACCCGUGCACAGGGAGUGGUGGGACACGCUGAAGGCAGGGCAGUGCUUGGAAACAGCCAGAAUUCCCUAGCAGGAAGCCCUGUGAACUGUUCCAUGAUCUCAGAUUCUGUCUGGGAUUUUUUGAGACGCCUCUUGGGGUAAAAUCUGUGCUUUUCCCCUGCCUGCAGAACAGCAUCUGAGAGCAGGUGAAGGAGGGCCUCAGACCGGCACCAUGACUGAGUGCUUCGACUGUGACAACUGCAAGGAGUCCCUGUAUGGGCGCAAGUACAUCCAGAUGGACAAUGGCCCCUACUGCAUCCCCUGCUACGACGCGCACUUCGCCAACACCUGCGACGAGUGCAAGGAGCUGAUCGGCCACGACUGCAGGGAGCUGUACUACGAGGAUCGCCAUUACCACGAGCACUGCUUCCGUUGCUUCCGCUGCGACCGCUCCCUGGCCGAUGAGCCCUUCACCUGCCAGGGCAAGGAGCUGCUGUGCAAUGACUGCUACUGCAGCGAGUUCUCCUCCAAAUGUAUCGCCUGUGAGAAGACUGUCAUGCCAGGCUCCCGGAAGCUGGAGUACAAUGGACAGACCUGGCACGAGCAUUGCUUCAUAUGCAGCAGCUGCCAGCAGCCCAUCGGGUCCCGCUCCUUCAUCCCAGACAAGAACGAUUAUUACUGUGUCCCCUGCUACGAGAGCAAGUUCGCUCCUCGCUGCACUCGCUGCAAAAAGACCCUCACCAAGGGAGGAGUGACCUACCGGGAUGAGCCCUGGCACAAGGAGUGCUUUGUGUGCACGGGCUGCAAGACCCCCUUGGCUGGGCAGCAGUUCACCUCCCAGGAUGACAACCCCUACUGCAUCAAGUGCUUUGGGAACCUCUAUGCCAAGAAGUGCAGUGCCUGCACAAAGCCCAUCACAGGUUUUGGUGGUGGCAAAUACGUCUCCUUCGAGGACCGUCACUGGCACCACAACUGCUUCAACUGUGCGCGCUGCAGCACCUCGCUGGUGGGGAAGGGCUUCAUCCCCGACAACGACCAGAUCCUGUGCCGUGACUGCAGUAACGACCUGUGAGCCCCUGAGGGCAGGCAGGGCGGGGCAGGGCCUUCCUCUGCUCUCCAGGGCCUUUGUGCCACGUCCCCAGCAGCACUGCGGGGGCAGAGCACGAGGCACAGGAGAUGGGGGCUGACCCUGAGCUGUGGUGUGUUCAGGGGGCUCCUGUGCCCCCUCCCUGAAGGCUAGAGUAUGCUGUGCUAUGGCUCUGUGCAGUCAAAGGUAAAUAAAGCUGAUAAAGGAGCUUUGAGACCCCCCCCAUUAUUUACUCUUUUCUUUUUGCUUCCAGUCUAACCAGGCACGAGCCCAGGCCCCCAGCUGAGCAAAGGGCAGGAGUGGCUUUGGCACUGGGCUGCUGGAUCUGCGUGCUGGCAGAUGUAUUCACCCCUUGGCACUGCCCUCUCUCCUUUCUCCGCGUGCUUCCCUCUCUCUAGGUGACACAAGGCAGUGGCCAUUCAGCUUGGCCAUGCAGGCUUUGCACAGCCUUCCCAUAUGCACAGCUGGCCCGGGCAUGAGGGGCACUGUCUUCUGUUCUAGAGGUUUGGGCACACCAGGCUGGAGUGUGGCCAGGAGAAGAGCAUACAUCCUGUCAGAUGGGAUCCACCUGGAAUUCUGUAGCACCUGACUCUUUGCAGGCCAGACCCUUUGCUCAGCACCUCCAUGGCAGUGCUCUCUUAGCUGUGAAUGAGGAGUUCCAGCCACCUGUAGGUACGGGGCAUUCAGCCCACCCAUACCUGCCCCACUGCCAUCCACCUGUGCUGACCUCCAUGGCUGGGGUGGCUGAUCCUGGGAGUGCUGAUGCUCAGGUGCAUCUGGCAAGAGCCCUAGAGAAGGGCAUGCUGAAGGCUGAGAGCACUCAGGGCUUUAUUCCUUCUCCAUCCCUCUCAUGAGGAUCCAUCUAUCAGAGCACCAGAGGUAGUUAAUUCAGAGAAGGGAGAAUUGCCCACAGACUGUGCCUGUGAUUAGCAGCUGCUGGGAGGGUCUGCAGGAGCUCAGGGCUGCAGCACAGAGAGCAGCUGAGGGGCAGCAGGAUGUCCACAACCUGCUCCUCCAGGGCUGCCUGUGUCCCCAGGGGUAGGCAGGGAGUGCUGGCUCCUUCCAGCCACGCUCAUCCUUCCCUGGGUCCCAAACAAGAAGCAAAGCAAAGAUGGCACCCGGGGUGAGGGGGGGAUGAUUUUGCAUUGCCCAGUUGGCCCUAAAUGCAAAACAGGGUGUCCUGAGCCAUCCCAGACUCACAUGAGGCCUUGAGCAAUCCCUGCUCGAUGGCUGAGCUGGCCCUGGGCUGAGGCCCCUCCCAGUGGAUGCUCAUGCCUGCCUUGUCUCUACAUCUUUCUGCUUCUGUCUCGCUGGGACACUUUUGCCAACCCUGCUUUCCUGCUUAGUCAGCCACAUGCUUUUCUGAAAACCUGUUCUUGUGGGUGUUUUCCCUUUUGUACUCAUUUGUCAUGAAUAUCCAUCAUUUUGUACACAACUACAGGAUAAAGGGGCUAGCCCCCCACCCGGGCUUCACUUAGGAACAGAAAAUGUUAUGCAUGUUGAAGUGUUAUUACUCUGUGUUCAGAUCCUUGUUGAAUCCUUGUUCAGAAGCUUUGAAGACAGCAAAUCAGUUUGUGUAUUUGCUGUUAUGAGAGGAGCUUGGAGCCAUCUCUAGAAGGAAUUGUCCUAAACCACAACAUCCUCUGUAUUUCCUACAGCUUUAUACAAUAAACAGUUUUCGUGACA